AUGUUUGGCGCAACCCGUACUGAAUUUUACAAGCGAAGCGAGAGGAUUUGCGUUCUAGAGGUGGAUCUAAAUCGGAUGUCACCAGAUGAUGUCCCAAAGAAUCGAACUUUCCGGAUCCAAGCACAAGCGGACGGUAUCAUUCAUGCAGCUCUAUUUGAUUGGGACAUUUGGGCCGAGCAGAAGGAGGAGGUCUUGAGCACAGCACCUGGUUCACGGAACUUCGCAGGGGAUGUUGCCUGGGGAUGGCUUCUGCAGCUACAGGAACUAUCCGAUGAUGAUUGGCAUUUCCACGAGACGCCAAAACAGCUUCGGGUUCAGGCUGGACAGUGGCUUGAGAUGGCUGUGGAGUUCAUUGCGCAUGGUGUCAGCAUGAGUGUACGACUUCGGCCAUCCAACAGCAACUCCGUUGAUGGAACGGUGGCAACGUUCAGAUCUCCGUCCAGGAUUUUGCAGCCAACGCGAAUUGCAGUGAAAGAAACAAAUGAGUUUUUAUUGCCAGUGGCCGGAGAUAUACACCGCCACGACUUUUAUGCGGCAGCCAUCGAUCAUGCCGUAGAGACGUUGGGAAUGCAUAGCCUCACACUUCUUGAUUGCAGCAGCAAUGCAGGGUUGCCAGGUUUUUAUGCUGCGAGCAAAGGCAUUCGAUCAGUGGUCAUGCCACGCUGGAACCAUGUUGCAGAAGUCUUGCAGCAGAUAGUUCAGGAGCACGGCCUCAACGAUACUACAGAGGUCGUAGCAGGAGAUCCGCGGGAAAUGUUCGACAUCCUUUUGCCACAAGGCAAACGGGUGAACAUUGUGGUGGUGGAUCCUCCAGGUACACCGAUGCAUGGCAUGAGUCCAUUCGCGAUCCUUCCAGCGAUCCGAAAGGAGUUGCUGCAGGAGGAUGGCCUGGUGGUGCCAAGCUUGGCCUGCUUGGAAGUGGCCUUGCUGGAAAGUGAAGAGCUGGCUCACAUGUUCUCCAUCCCCAAGGGGCGCUGGGGCGAGGUGGAUCUCAGGGAGUGGAACCGGGAGGCAAGACGUCAAGGUGUGCUAAGUCGAUUGGUUCCCUACACAAAGUGGUUGGGUUCGCAAUCAUCUUUGCGAUUCAGGUGGUUAUCAUCACCUCAAUGUGUCUACGACAUGGAUCUCAAUGCCUACGCUCGAGCACCUGCCACCAAGGAGGAGACCCUGGAUUUGGAGCUUCCGGUGUUGGAUGGCUUGGUGCAUGCCAUCGUUGCGCGCUGGGCAGUCUUCAGCGGCCAGAACCGCCUCGGAGCUGAAAGUUCGUAUCUCGGGCGGGAUCUGACUUGGCCUCAGUAUGUGCAAGCAGUUGGCAAACCUGGAAUGGACCCAGGCCUCUUGGAACCGCUGCCAGUUCAGAGGGGUUUGGAGAAACUGCAGCUUGUGGUUCGUCAGGGUGCUGCCAAGGUCACUGGCGCAGCUGGCCCUGAGUUCACCCUGCGCCUGCGAGCGGAGCCGGAGCCUCUUUCAGAAGCAGGCCAUCGAACGAGCAGUUCGGCCGAGCUGUGA